ACGGAAGGCUAGUCGCAGCUCCUUUCGCCGAGGAAUUCUCAGGGCCUCACGGGAGAUGGUCUACGUCCCUCGAAAGAGAUGGGCGUUAUGCAGUUAGCAGAGAUGAUUAGUUGCUAGUGGAUGGAGAGCAAAGGAAUGCACUAUCUCAAAAUUCAGCAUAGUCAAGUAAUCUAGCAAAAGAGCGUCGUAAGUCGUGUAGCGAAACUACCAAGAAUGCAGCGAGAUGGACAACAAUAUCCCGAUUGCUGGACAGGGGGCUGGAGUAUCUGUUUCCGGGAAUUGAUUAGCAGCAAGAACUCGCUGUUCGGGGGUUCUUUGGGAAGAACCAGCAUCUCCUCAGGUCUUUUCAGUUUUCAUUUUGGUCGUCAUCCAACCAAGACGCACGUCGCAGCCGCGGUACUAUGCAGCACCCAUCUCAAAUGCCAGCCGUCGAGAAGCCCAGUCCAGAAUGGCCGAUUCCACAGGCGUCCUACCAAACGCAAGACGAAGCUCGACUCCCGACACCAACCUCCAAUCCCCUCCGCACAUCCAUUCCAUCCGCAGUGAAAUCCAACUCCCACGGAUGUUUGCCACAGCCAUUAGUUUCUGAAAUUCCUCAUAGAGACAAAGCGGACCAGAAACCCCAAAUUGUGGCGCGUGUGGACCGCAUGGCCCUUGAUAUACACAUGUCUUCCCAAGGUUUAUCACGCCGAGAGUCUCGCGACGAAGAACCCUCGUGCCUUUUACUCAAGCCAUGCGCCUGCCUAGGUUGGAGUGGAAAAGACGACGGAAAUAACGGAGAAUUUGAGACGGACUUCGCGAGCGAAGGCCACGACCCCGAUCGACGGUAUGGAUGCGGGAUUCAGACAAUUCUGGACGGGGUGGUUCUCUUCGGUCUGGCUGGACAGGAAGUCCCUUCGGCUUUGGAUGCGACGUGUCGUCUUGGAUAGCGCGGUCUGACCUUUUACCAGAUUCACAUCAUAGGAGACGCGUUUUGCGUUUGCGGUGUAUUGGGGGUGGGAGUAGGUUUGGAGCAGGACGGAAGCCAGGACAGCUGUAGCUCACCUUUUGCGCAUCGGAGCUGGAGAGGAACCCUCAUUCAAACAUUCAGAAUGGAGGACGAGAUUUGGU